CGUCGUUUGCUUUUGGGCGCCAGUCGCUGAACAACGCUCAUCCUGCUGCGAUGGACGUUUGGGUCUGUUUGUUGGAGCUGCUUGCGGUCGUCGUCGCGUUCAAGAUUUGGUACAAGUGGUCCAUGGGGCGGUGCACCUCCAAGCGACGCUUGAACGGCCUCACCGCGAUCGUCACCGGGGCUAACACAGGUAUCGGGCUGGAGACGGCAAAGGAUCUGGCCCGUCGAGGGGCCCGAGUGCUGUUGGCCUGCAGGGACCCCCAGAGAGGACAGAAGGCGCUAGAGGAGGUGUUGUCGGAGGCGGGCGACGGGGCGACGGUGGCGCUCCUGGCGCUGGACCUGGCAUCGCUGGAGUCCGUCCGCGCAUGCGCAAAGCACGUCCUCGCCACGGAGCCCCGCCUCGACAUCCUGGUGAAUCACUUCGGACCGUUCCUCUUCACGCUGCUAUUAGUUGACCUGCUCAAGAAGUCUGCGCCCUCUCGGAUCAUCUUCGUGUCCUCCCUGAUGCACCACUUCGCCUCUCUGAAGCCCCAUCAGCUGGAGCACGAGCACGCCCAGAAAAUCGACGACACCCACAUCUACAGCAUGACCAAGCUCGCCAACGUCAUCGUCGCCAACGAAUUGGCGCGCAAACUGCGCGGCACAGGGGUGGCGGUGAACAGCCUGCACCCGGGCCUGGUGCGCACCGAGUUCUUCCGUCACCUGCCGCCGGUGCUGGCCUUCGCCCUCAACACCGUGGCCGGCCUCUUCUGCAAGGAUCCAGUGGAAGGUGCACAAACGACCAUCCAUUUGGCCGUGUCAGAGGACGUGGAAGGAGUGACAGGUCGAUACUUCUCUGACUGUAAGAAAGUUUGGAGACCAAUGAAAAAGUUUACAACUAUCUUUAGAAUUACAAAGUUUGGAACUAACAACGAAGAAAGUCACAAUACUGUUCUUAGAAUAUAUGAAUUAAUU